AUAUUGACGCCCGUCCACAACGUUAUAUAACAAAAAGGUGCUUCAUUUCUCGUACUUCCCAACUCGUUGGGUCACUUUCCACUAUAAUUCUUUCGAGAUCGAUCCCCGAUGGCGGCGGAGGGCGGUUCGUCGUCGGGAACGCGCGAAGUGGACGAAGAGGACUUCUUCGGCGCCGAAUCCGGGUGGGUGGAGGCUCGAACCGCUUGCGACCACCUUCCCUCGUUGUGUUCCGAUCUCUCUCAGAUCCCUCUCCCGGAUUCCCCCUGCUCCAGAUGCCACCACCCUGCCGAAAAUUGGUUAUGUUUGAGCUGUAAAGACGUCUUUUGCAGUCGUUUUAUAAAUAAACACAUGCUUAAGCACUAUGAAGAGAGUGGGCACUGCCUUGCUUUGAGCUUCAGUGAUCUAUCGGUCUGGUGUUUCGAAUGUGAUGCGUAUCUGGAUGUUCAGAUGAUUUGGCAGUUGCGGCCUGUUUAUGAAGUUGCCCAUCUGUUAAAAUUCGAGGAGCGACCAUCAUUUCGGGCUAUCGAGAGCCUGCAGCAGCUAUCUAGUGAUCAAGGUGAAGGUUCCUCUUAAGCUCCUCAGAUUAUGUUACUACCUGUAGUUGUUCUCUUAAAGUGAAAGUUACACUUGGUUUCCUGCUAUCUUGAUGUUAAAGAAGAAACCUUGAAUGUUGCUUCACACAUGGGCAUGUUUUUAGAGUUAAUCUGAACCAGAAGACAACGCGCAUGCUUCUAGUCGUUUCCUGUAGCACAUCAGUGCUCGAAUGAUUGAUCGAAGUAGGCGUCGGCCUUGUCGUGUCCUUAAUCCUUGUGUAGUGUCUCGAAGGAUGCAUCGUUUCUUAUUGCAAGCUCAAUUAGAUUUAACCUGUGACAA